AUGGAAGCUGGCAAGAAUACUGAAUUGAACGACAAUGCGGUAAAUGUACCUUGUUUGGAGCCAAACGAAAAGGACGAAAAGCAGCAGAAUCGCGAUGAUAUUGAUGAACGCAUUGCCCGAAUUGACUUUCACUGUUCUGGGUGCGAUAUGCAUGAGCUUGUUCACUACUUUGGAAGAGAGCCUCCUUUCGCGUUGGGCAUUCAGUAUAAAGAGGACAAUUAUGUCUUGCGGGAUCCCUUCCAGCCUCCACCUCAGGGAGGCAGACCCAUUCCCGAAUAUUAUAUAUCACUGGGAUCGAAAUGUUCCAGUUGCUUAAAAACAGUUUGCAAAGGUUCUGGGUGCAGCUUCUUUUACACAGCAACGGUUUGUGUACCUUGCGGAAAAACUAUGCUAAAAGACUGGCCUGUGGAUGCUCAAACACGCUUUCGAAAACAACUAGUAGUUAACCAGAGUGACAAAGAACCUUGAAAAUAUAUUUUUUAUUUAAUAUUGCCACUCUUAUUAACAAACCACUGGCUUCAUUAAAGAAAAGGAGAAAAUCAUAACUUGUGAUUAUUGGUGAUUUUUAUUUGUUUAACUCAAAUUUAAUCCCUAAGUAUUAUUUGUCUUCUUAUCCUUGUUUCGUGUCGUUUUUUGUACAUUAUGGCGGCCAAUUUAUAUUAAAUAACUUAACAAUAAUUAUGUAAUCUAUAAUCAAAUAGAUUUGGUGUAUUUCAUUUAACAUUUUCUAUAACUUUCAUAUUGUAAUAAAAUAUAACUGUGGGCCAAGCAAUCGGUAACUGAAUCAUUUGUUCCUAUAUUUACCAACGAUUAUUAUUGCGAGAUUAGUGUGAUUAACGAAGAAAAUAAAAACAAAUGUAAAUAGUU